AAAACGAAGAAGAAAUCCCAACUUCCGGCUUCAGGAGCGACCCGUCGAUGUGUUUUUGUCCUGAGAAAAUAAAGUAAAAGCUGUCACACGUCGCUCACGUCCAAGUCCCGCAGCCCGAGGGGAGCAUUUGAUGUGAGGGUUGUUUAAUGUUGAGAGGUCGAGCGAUGUCUGUGGUGUUCGACGGUCCGCUGAAGGCGAUGCAGAGCUCACACACUCACACACCGCAGACUGCCCUGAGCGCCCAGGAACUGUCCCAGGAGAUCAAGGCCUUCAUCAGUGGCGUUGACACCGUUCAGGGCCGGAAGCUCAGCGUUCGGGAACACGCCCGCUGUGCUGUGCGCCUGCUUCGCUCUGUCCCAGCCUGUCGAGGGGCGGUGCUGGAGCAUCUGAGAGGCGUUUACGAUGAGCAUGUCUCAGCCUUCCUGCACAACCUGGAGACAGAGGGUGAUGGCGGCUCUGGGGUCAGCUCCAACCUGGAGGACAUCAUACAGGAGGUUCAUGGCGUGCUGUCAGAGUUCAUCCGGCUCAACCCCCGGGCCUGGGCCCCCCUGGUGUCCACCUGGGCUGUGGACUUGUUGGGCCAGCUGAGCAGCAAGCACGCCGGCCGUAGGGUGGCCCCCCACUCCUCCAGCCUCAACGAGCUGCUCCAGCUCUGGAUGUCCUGUGCUGCCACCCGGUCCCUCAUGGAGGCCUACUCCCAAUGUUUGGCCGCCAUGCUGGCCUGGUGCCCUGACGCCUGUGUGGACGCGCUGUUGGACACCUCAGUUCAGCACUCCCCGCAUUUUGACUGGGUGGUGGCUCACAUCGGCUCCGCCUUCCCGGGUACUAUCAUCAGCCGAGUCUUGGCAUGUGGACUCAAGGACUUCUGCUCACAUGGCGCUAAGGACCAAGGGCUUAUGGUGAUGGGAGUGGAUAAAGGAAGCAGAGUGCCCAAGAUUGGCUCCGUGGUGGGAAUCCUUGGACACCUUGCAGCACACCACUCAGACAGCAUCAGGAAGGAGCUGCUCAGGAUGUUUCAGGAAAGCCUGAGUCCGUCGAGCCCGAUGUCUCCCACUACGUCCUCAACUUCUUGGGAGAGUUCCCCUCAGCUCCGUCGUGCCGCAGUACCAUUUCUGCUGCAGCUGGCCGCAAUGUCCCCCAACCUCUUUGGCGCGGUGUCUGCAGAGCUGGUAGAGCUGCUACGCCCCCCUGUCCUGCUCCAGCUGCAGGCCUUGCUGCAGGGCCUCCCCAGGGAGGAACUGGAUAACAUGCUGGGGCUGGCUGUCCACCUUAUUAGCCAGAGCCCAUCAGGGGGCGCCCGGGUCCUCCGUUUUCUGGCAGACACAGCGACCCCGGCCUCCGUCAUCAUCUCCGGCCCUACACCCUCCCCUCAUGAAGGAGUCAGGGAAGGUUGCGAUCGCCUCCUCCAGAUGCUUUUUCUUCACCUCCACAAACUAGUCUUCAACCGCUCGGAUGGUGUUGAGGUCAACCCCCAUCACUCUGGGUCCUCUCAGCCCCAGAGGGUUAUCCCCUUCUUGGAGGAGCUGCAGUCUCACAUAGGUGAGCUGUGCGCCGAGACACUGCGACUGGAGAGGAAGCGUCACCUCUGGCUGCACCAGUUGCUGUGUCUGCUGUCGGUGUAUGGGGGUCCCAGUGUGGCCACGGAGGCCUUCUGCCAGCUACUCACCCAGGCCCGCAACCCAGAGGAGCUGGCUCUGGCCUGGCAGCUCCACACCACUCUGUCCUCUUGCAUGGCGGGACUCAUUCCUGCUGCUGUGACUCGCUGUGUGGCCCAGAUCCACACACACACUCUGGGGCCCCGGCAGCUGAGGCAGCUGCUGCUUAACCUGGCUGCAGCCAUCCAGAGUCAGGAUGAGGAGAGAAGAGGAGCAGCGGGUGUUCAGUCCUCCAUGGCCAUCCAGGUGGGCUCAGCGGUCUCAGGACACCUCCAUGACUUUGGUCCACUCCUUCUCCACGGUGACCCGGCUGUAUCUCAUGCUGCGGUGCGCCUCCUGUCCUGUAGCCCACUCCCUCGCGCCUCCUCCCCAGCACACCUGCUCCUUCUCUCCCGUGCUGCCGUCACUCACUUCUUCAUGGCGCUGCGGAGAAGAGGAGAAGCUGGGAAGGUUGGGAGAGAUGGGGGACAGGCAAACGAGGCAGUGAACUGUUCGGUCCUGCUCCUGUCCCGCUUCGCAGCGUAUUCUCCGCUCACUCUCAAAGCGGUACUUCAGCAGCUGGUUGAGGGAGCGCUACAUAAAGGCCACGCUGACCUGUUUGGAGGGCAGAUCGCGGACAUGUCUGGUGCCCCCGUGACCACCCCAUCUGUGUCCCCUGACCUCGGAGCCUCCUUGCUGGAUAUCAACUGUCGGUUCGGUACCACCGUCAACUUUUCUGGCAGCGUCUGGUCUGUGUUUCAUGCUGGCGUGAUUGGCAAAGGGCUGAAGGUCCGCACUGCAACCCAGCCGCCUGACCCAUCUGGGGUGAUCCAGAACGUCCAGACUCUGCUGGCUGUCAUAGUGCAGUGUUGCAGCUCCUCUGGCCUCAACGGCUCUAUUAACGGCGCGCGACCACCAUCGGACCCUGACGAGCCUGUGCCCAUCAACGCCGAGGCAGCUAAGGUUGUUGCAGUCACAUUGGUGGAGAACGUCUGUCCGGACGUGGCCAACGGUGAGCUGUCCUGGCCCCCAGAAGAGCACGCCCGCACCACGGUGGAGCGAGACAUCCACAUUCGGCGUUGCUUUGAGGCCCACCCGGUGCUCUUCGCUCUGCUUCAGGUGGUGGCGGCUGGACGCCCGGCUCUCUGCUACUGCUCAGCUGUCCUCAGAGGCCUCCUGGCCACUCUGCUGGCCCACUGGGAGGCGUCCCGCGAGGGGUUGUCCACAGACUCCCCAUGGCACCUCCAGGCCUCCUGCCUCCUGGUGUCCUGCAUGGGAGAGGGCCAGCUCUUGCCUCCCGUGCUGGCCAACGUCCACGAAGCCUUCCCCCACCUCACUCCCUUCGAGGUGAGGCUUCUGCUCCUUGCUGUGUGGGAGUACGUGAGAGGCAAUGGGCCCAUGCCCCAGAAGUUUGUCUUCAGCUCAGAGAAGGGCUUGUUCUGCAGGGAUUUCUCACGGGACGGUGACGUGGCAAGAUACGUGGCACCAAUUCACAGCGUCCUACAUAAAAACAUCGAUAGACUGGGACACCUGUGCUGGCGGUUCCAGCUCUAAAGGGUCGUAGGAGCAGGUGACAGGGAAUACAUAGAGACUAUAAAGUAGACGGUAAUAAGUAAUGUGUUACAUUGCUCCAAGAGAGGUUUGCAAAGUUGUUAUCACUGUACUUCAGUUUCAUACAAGUAUAGCUGUGUGUGUGUGUGCGUGUGUCAGUGUGUGUGCGUGUGUGUGUGUGUGUGUAUAAACCUUUUGUACCAUAUUUCUAGACUUGAUACAUUUCUAACUACUUGUUUCUGUGAGAAAGACGGGGAGAGACAUGGCACACAUGUAUAUUAUGUUAAUACAGAGUUCGCUCCACACAAAAUUCAGCCUUAAUGUGUCAUUUCGGUUAUAAAAUACAACUUAACUCUGCUAAACCAUUUUUGUUUUUGUAUCAUUUGUUCAUGUUCUGAAAUUGUGGCUAUAGACACACAUUGUACCUCAAGUUAUACAUGCAAACUGUUGUUUUCAACCACUUUACAAAAUAAAUCUUCAUUUGGUCC